GUCAGAUUCGAAAAAGUAGCGUCCUGCGCACCAACCACCAGCUUCGAUGACGACCUCGCCACCACCCCAUGCUGCCGCCACGGACACGCCACCUGCCAAGGACAAGGCCCGAUGGGGCAAGUGGACGCCGGAAGAAGAAGCCUACACGAGCCGCCUCAUCGCCGACUUCACCGCAGGCGUGUUGACCGACAUCGAGAACGGCACAACGAUGCGGUCGUGGCUGAGUGCGCAGCUGCGGUGCUGCCCCAUGCGCAUCUCCAAGAAGUUUGUGGGCGAGCAGAGCAUUGGUAAGCGCAUGUUUGAACGCAACGAGGGCCGGCUGCUGGACAUGUCCGACGCCCAAGUGGCCAAGCGGCAGUCGGAGCUCAAGGAACUGCGGGAUGCGUUCAACGAGAGCUGGGUACGUGAGGAGCGCGAGCGAGAAGAGCACAAGGCGAAUGGCACGCGAAAGCGGAAGCGAAACCGAAGCAAGACGGCGGCCAAGGCGACCUCAUCCAUCAACACGUCAUUGCUACGACACGCGUCGAACAUCGCGGCCAAGAAACUACCUUCUCCUCCUCGUCCUCCUCAACCCUCAGCCCUAUCGCAUUUGCAAGCCAAGGCGGCACCAACAUCAUCACCAGCAGCAGCUGCUUCGUUCUCCACAGUGAGCGGUUCGCACCAUGUCACAACGUCCGUCCAGUCGGUCACGGCAUCCCUCACGUUUCUUCAAAAGUUCGCUGCUGGACAAGGUGUUCAACCCUCUAGUCAGCCUGUGACACCGUCAGACAAGGUAGCCUUGCGAUACAAGAACACACCCACCACACAGCCACCACCACCACCCUCGUACACGUGUAGCCCCAUCAAGAGGCGCAAAGCGGUCCAUUCGUCUUCCCAUGUUCAUCCGCCCAUCCAGACCGUGGCGGCGGCCCCACUGGCCACGCCCAAGUUGACGUUCCUGGAGCAACUAUCAACGCCCAACCAAGAUGACGGCGGCCCACAAGAGGACUUGGGCCAUGGCGAGUUUGAUUGCUCAUUCGACUUUUUGGACGCAGACGACUCGAUCGACGCAUUGUGUCUGCUCGGAGACGAUGAGUACGCUCUCUGCUGCGACGGGGGGAAAGACUGUGACACGGUGCUGUCGCCCACGGCGGUGGCAGACCAGGCGACGUGGCCAAUGCUGGGUGGCGUCCUCUCCUGUGACGUUGCCACAGCGACAUCGUUCUACGAUAGUUUGUUCGAAAUGAGUUGCUACUAAAGCGAACUUUUUUACUACAUUGACUAUCCAACCAACGCCAUAUACUGGUCGGAUAUGAACUUAUUACUCCUCUAGCACAUUGAGUACUUCGAAGUACUAUACAAGUUCAAUAUAGAUCAUGUACUACCAGGGAGU